UCCGAAAAAUUCCAGAAAUUCAAUCCACAUCUGAUCCGAUUUUUCUCGGCCGCAGCCUCCGCCGGAGAGGAAGAUAAUGCGGCGGGACGUGGAAAGGCAGCGGCGGAAAGAGAUGGGCGGCCUUUACAAAAGCUUGGUUACCUUAAUCCCCUAUGAUUAUAUCAAAGGAAAGCGUUCAACGUCGGAUCGCCUGCAAGAAACGGUUCGGUACGUGAGGGACUUGAGGAAGAGAGUGGAGAAGAUGAGGGCACGGAGAGACGAACUCAGAGGAACGGUGAUAACGGAGCCAGUUGCAGUAACAACAAUUACAUCAUCAUCGUCAUCAUCUAGCCUGCUGAUGAAGCAAAAGGGUGAUCUUCAUCAAGAUGAGUGUAGGCAUGAUGGUAAUGAUGAUGAGAUGAUGAGUAGAGUGGUAGUGAAACCAUGUAGGAGUGGGGUGGAGAUCACGUUAUCCGUUAACAAAGCUGACGACGUCUCCCUCUCCAAAAUACUUAACGUCCUCGUCUGUCAAGGGAUGUCCGUGAAUACUUGUUCUUCCGUCAAACUUAAUCAUAGACUCCUUCUCACUAUCCAAGCUGAGGUGGUAGGAGAAAGGACAGUUGAUCCAACACAAGUGGAGCAGCAAUUGUCCGCAGCCUUCCCAGCCGUCACCGCCAUUGCAGCUUCUUCUUCUUCUUCAUCGUCUUCUUUGAAGCCAUCUACCUGCUAUCUACAUCCCUCGAGGAGCUUCCGAUUCGGGUCGGUUUCCUGUUCGAACCCGGUUCUCGGAUCCGCCGGACUCGGGUUCUCGAACCCCCGCUGCUCUCUUUUCCCUGUUCAGAUGGACGCGCCUUCUUCUGAUCAAUCGUUACCCUCCCUUCAGGAAGGAACUAUCCUGCCGGAAUUGCUGACAGAGUUUAUGGUUGAAAUGUCGUGCGAAGGCUGUGUUAAGUCAGUCAAGACUAAAUUAGAGGGCAUUGAAGGGGUUAAGAGUGUGGAUGUGGAUCUGGGUAAUCAAGUAGUUAAAGUUCUUGGUUCUUUGCCUGUGAAGACUCUGGCAGAAGCUUUGGAACAAACGGGUCGAAAGGCCAGACUAAUUGGGCAAGGGGUUCCAGAAGGUCUGCAAACUAUGACCUAGUUGUAUUGUUACUUCGCCCAUUCAUCAAGGGCCUGUUCGGUAAGAGUUAUUCGGCUUAAUCUGGUGGAUUUUCUGAAAGGAAAGAUCGCUUGGUAACAUUCAAAUGGAGCAUAAGUGUUGACGCUCCGUAAUCAUGUGUUGAUUUCUAGUUGUAUUUCAUUAAGAUAUAAGCUCUAUUUGGUAGGCAGUCCUGAAGCAGAAUAGGUAGUGUUUGACAUGAGGCACAUUUGGGAUAACCAGGUGACUUAUGUUGUUAGUUACUACUUAUUUUAUAAAUGCUUUCUCAUUCAAGCACAAAAAGAUUUCUUUUUUAAUCAAAAGGCUCCAAUAUGGUGCUUAUUUAGCUAAAAUGGAUGUUACCUAGCAUUUUUCUUUUAAGAAAAAUUUGCCAAAUAAACCUUACCAAAUGUGGCCUUAAUAAUACUUGUGUUAUCUC